AUGUAUAGGGUUGCCAAAGCGUCUGAGUUUCUGGCCAUCACUGGAGCCGGAAUUAAUGACAUCAAGAUCACUAAGAAAGCUGUAGUUUGGCCAUUUCAGCGAUGCCGGGUCAUUGAUGCAACUCCGGUGAACUACACCUUCGAGGUGAAUGCAAUGAGUGCUGAGAAGUUGCCUUUCCUUCUUCCUGCUGUGUUCACAAUUGGUCCGAGGGUGGAUGAUCAUGACAGCCUCAUUAAGUUUGCUAAGCUUCUCUCUGAACACAGAAGCGAUUCGCAUAAUGUUAGGGAGCUCGUUCAAGGCAUUAUCGAGGGAGAAACUCGUGUUCUAGCUGCUUCGAUGACCAUGGAAGAAGUCUUCAAAGGGACUAAAGAUUUUAAGAAGGAAGUGUUCGGGAAGGUUCAACUGGAGCUCGAUCAAUUUGGACUGGCAAUCUACAAUGCUAACAUCAAGCAACUUGUUGACGUUCCUGGCCACGAAUACUUCUCUUACUUGGGCCAAAAAACCCAAAUGGAGGCUGCCAAUCAAGCCAAGAUUGACGUGUCUGAAGCGAAAAUGAAGGGAGAAAUAGGAGCCAAGGAACGACAAGGAUUGACGGCUCAAAAUGCUGCCAAAAUUGAUGCUGAGACAAAGAUCAUAUCUAAACAAAGGGAAGGCGAGGGAAGAAAGCGGGAGAUUGAAGUCCAGUCCCAAGUCCAGAUUUUUGACACCCAAAAGCAGGCUGAAGUUGCAGAGGCAAAUGCUUUGCUUUCUACCAGGAAGGCAGGUUGGUCUCAACAAGCUAAGAUGGCGGAAGUUGAGGCCCAAAAGGCUGUAGCAAUUAGGGAAGCAGAGUUACAACAGGAAGUUGAAAAGAAAAAUGCGUUGGCUAUGACUGAACAGCUUAAAGCUGAAAAAUUGAGCAAGGCUACAGUUGAUUAUGACAUUAAGGUUCAAGAAGCCAAUUCAGUUUUGUACAAGAAGCAGAAGGAAGCUGAAGCAAACCUGUACGAGAUUGAAAAGGCAGCAGAUGCUAAAAGGGUGGAAGCAAAAGCUCAGUAUUUCGUGAGGCAACAAGCUGCAGAUGCUGAACUCUAUGCAAAAAAGAAAGAAGCUGAAGGAAUGGUAGCUCUUGCUGAUGCACAAGCCACUUACAUCAGCAAACUGUUGCACUCAUUUGGUGGAAACUACCAUGCUAUGAGAGAUUAUUUGAUGAUCAACGGAGGAAUGUACAAGGACAUUGCCCAAAUCAAUGCAAAUGCUAUUAAGGGAUUACAGCCGAAGAUCAGUGUUUGGAGUAAUGGUAAUGGUGGAGAAGGCAAAGAGGGAACUGCUAUGAAUGAAAUAGCUUCUGUUUACAAGGCGUUGCCUCCGUUGUUUCAGACAGUGAAUGAGCAAACUGGCAUGCUCCCUCCAGCUUGGAUGGGCACUCUCUCUACUUCUUCUAGUUUAGAUGCUAGCCAGAUUGUUGUGGCAAAUCAAGCUAGCUCCAGAAAUUAG